AUGCGUAUUCCAUCUUCUUCCCAACUUCUGUUCAGCUUCUAUAAUGGCACAGUUUCCUCAGCCCCGCCUUGUCACCUCGACAAGUUUGCCUUCUCAAUAUGUUUGCCUGAUAUCCGAGCAUAUACCGGCAAGGUCUUUGCUCUCAAACACAAUCCCCAUCACCUUCCAGCAGCGCACGAGGCUUACGAAAGCUUCGAUACUUAUGGGAUUCAUACCGGGUCUAAACGCCAGCGCUUCUUCGAUUAUGACUUUGGAUUGAUGAGCGCCCUGUGCUUUGCCGACGCUGACUUUCCACACUUGCGCACUGCCAUAGAACUAGUGCUAUGGCUCUUCUCAUUUGACGACAUGAUUGAUCGAGGAGCUCUUAAUAAUAUCCAAAGGAUGAAAAAUGCUGUUGAUGUUACCAUGAAGGUACUUCGGGAUCCAAGCACUCCUCCCCCAAAGUUCAAAGUUGCUGCAGUGCUCCAAAGCUGUUUCCAUCGUAUGCGCCAAGACGGAGGUGAUGGAACGCUCCGACGCUUCAUUGAUGCAACGGAUCAAUAUACUCAAAGGUCUUUAGAGCAACAAGUCAACAAGUCCACCGAACGAAUCCCGACUGUUAAUGAGUAUAUUCAACACCGAAGGGAGGCGUCUGCAAUGAUGACAGCUUUGGCCGUGCUUGAGUACACACUCGAGCUCAAUCUCCCAGAUGAGGUGGCCAACAACUCUGUAGUGAUAGAGUUAGGUAUUGCUGGAAGCGACAUAUUAAACUGGGCCAACGAUAUUUAUUCAUUCCCGGUCGAGUUUGCACGGGGUGAUGUGCACAACUUUGUAAGCGUCGCGAUGGAGCAUAUGGACGUCGCGAUGGAGCAUAUGGACCUCGGGGUAGAGGAUGCCAUCGCAUACGUAGAUCAGCGUAUACGCGACCGUGUGGAUGAAUACGUUGCUACCAAGAAUAAGCUGCCGAAAUUUGGGCCUGGCCUAGAUGAACAAGCUGCUCGGUAUAUUCAAGGGAUCGAGUACUUUGUCCAGGGAUUCAUCGAUUGGUCAUUUAUUACACCUCGCUAUUUUGGCGAUGAAGCGAAGAAAGUAAAAGAGACGGGCGUUGUGAAACUCGUAGCUCCAAUUGCGCUAGACGCGCCUUUACAUGUUGAAGCUUGA